AUGUCUUCCCUUCAACUUCCGGCUGAGUUUGUCACCGAGGCCGUGACUGCUGACGGAGGAGGAGGAGAAGCAGGAGGUGGCAGAGAGUUUGAACAACGCACCGAGGAGGAGAUGGACCGCGAGCGCAGGCGCAGACUGCCGGACGUCACCUGCAAACUUGACAGGCAGCCGCACCGGACAGGUGAGCAAAACCGGAAACGAUCAGAGAGACAACGAGAGGAAAGAAAGCGGGUGAUCUGCGUCAUAAAGGAUUCCCCACAGAGCAACCUGGGGUUUAGACUGGAUGACCUGCUCUACCUCCUGAGCUACAGGUGGGACUUUACCCAGCUGGUCUGCGUCUUCCUCGUGGACUUGGACAAGCACUCGUCACUGAUAGGCCACAUGAGAACCCACACAGGUGAGAAGCCUCACUGCUGCAACACCUGUGGGAAACGUUUCUGGCAAGCAGUGUCUCUGAAAAUCCACACAAGGAGCCACACGGGCGAGAAACCGUAUUCCUGCCAAACAUGUGGUAAAGGGUUCAGCAGCUGUGACUCGCUGACCGUCCACACCAGAACCCACACAGGUGAAAAACCUUACCCCUGCAACACCUGUGGAAAGAGAUUUAGGCAGUCUUCGGGACUGAAGAGUCACAUGAGAACUCACAAAGGUGAAAGGUUGUACUCGUGUGAGACGUGCGGGAAAAGCUUCACUAAGAACGUCAGCUUGCUCCUGCACAGGCGGACCCACAGAGACAAGAAGUCUUACACCUGCAGCACCUGUGAGGAAAGGUUCAUCUGCCCUUUAGAGCUGGACAAUCACAUGAGAACUCACACAGGUAAAAAGCUUUAUUUCUGCGAGACGUGCGGGAAAUGUUUCACUCACAGCUCCACUUUGGCCGACCACAUCAGAACGCACACAGGCGAGAAGCCGUACGCCUGUGAAACCUGCACCAGGCGCUUCAGUAGUCGCGCUUACCUGAAAGUCCACAUGAGAACGCACACAGGCGAGAAACCGUUUACCUGCAAAACGUGCGGAAAAGGUUUCAGAAGCUGUACUCACCUGAUAGCCCACGUGAGAAUCCACACAGGUGAGAAACCAUACACCUGUAAAGUGUGUGGGAAACGAUUUAGCCGCUCGUCGGGACUGAAGAACCACAUGAUGACUCACACAGGUGAAAGCGCCUUUUCUUGUGAAACGUGUGGAAAAAACUUCUCUAGCUGUCCUCCUCUGAUAGUCCACAUGAGAACCCACACAGGUGAGAAGCCUUACUCCUGCGACACCUGUGGAAAAGAGUUCAGUAGCACCUCUCAUCUGAAAAAACAUAUGAUUGUGCACACAGGUGAGAAGCCGUAUGCCUGUGAUCUCUGCGGUAAAAGCUUCACUAGCAGCUCCUACCUGAAAGUCCACAUGCGGAGCCACACAGGUGAGAAACCGUAUUCCUGCAAAACAUGUGGGAAAGGUUUCAGCAGUAAGCCGCCGCUAAUAGUUCACAUGAGAACCCACACAGGGGAGAAGCCUUACACCUGCAAUAGCUGCGGGGAAAGAUUUACGUAUGCGACGGUGUGGAAAAAUCACAUGAGAGCUCACGACUCUCACACAGCAUCCUCUUAGGAGAGGAGCAGCUGAGGAAACAUCAGCAAACAGGAAGAAUCGGCGCGGUUUCGACCAGGAGGGAUUGACUUCAAUCUGAAGUGACCAGCACUGACUGGUUCUUUCAGAUUAAUGGACCAAACUUGUAGGUCAAGUAAGCUGGAGGUCGUGUUGGAGAACCUGGCUAAAGGCUGAUUUAUGGGACUGAGUUUUGUUUUUAUUCUGGUGUUCAAUGUUUUCUCAAUACACUGGAUGAAAUGGUUCAUCAUGGUUUCCAUAAGUGUUUUGUACAGUUUAGAGUCAAUGAUGUGAUUUAUGGGCUUUAUAUAUUAUAAAUGAAACAAAGAAUGCAGCAGAGUGAUGCAAAGCUUUCUAUCAAU